GUAGACGUCGUUUAAUUCACGCGAGCAGAGCAGUGAGCAGUUUCAUAAUCUCAUUGCUGAUUGAUGUGCUUGUUAGGCAGAUAGCAAGCAAUGCGGUGGUACGCCAACGUGAGGGAGGCCGGGCACGGCGACACCACGGUGGUGCUCGCCCACGGCUACGGGGCCAGCCAGGCGCUCUGGGACAAGCUCGUCCCCGCCCUCUCCCACCGAAACAAGGUGCUCCUGUUCGACUGGGACUUCGCCGGCGGGGGCGGCGGUGCUGGCCAGCAGGAGGCGGGGGAGGGGCGGUACACGUUCGGCAGGUUCGCGGAUGACCUCAUCGCGCUGAUGGACGACAAGCGGGUGAGAGGUGCGGUGCUGGUGGGGCACUCCAUGUCCGCCAUGGCCGGAUGCAUCGCGUCCGUCAGGAGACCCGAUCUCUUCUCCCAUCUCGUGCUCCUCUGCGCAUCCCCCAGGUACGUAAACUCGGAGGAGGAGAGCUACGUCGGCGGCUUCGACAAGGCGGGCAUCGACGGCAUGCUGGACGCCAUGUCGUCGGACUACGACGCCUGGGCAAAGGGCUUCGUCCCCAAUGCCGCGGGCGACCCGGACUGCGUUCCACCCCUCGAGAAGAGCUUCCACGCGAUGCGCCCGGCCGUCGCGCUCGAGCUCGCCAGGAUGAUCUUCCUCGGCGACCAGCGGGAGGUCCUCGACGCCGUCACCGCGCCGUGCACCAUCGUCCAGGUGAAGGCGGACUUCGUGGCACCGCCGAGCGUGGCGGAGUACAUGCGGAGCAGGAUGAAGGGCGCAGCGGUGGCCGUGGAAAUCAUCGACUCCGUGGGGCACUUCCCCCAGCUCGUCGCGCCCCAGCAGCUGCUCGAUGUACUCGACGGCGUGCUGGUGCGCCAUGGUGAGGAUGGGCACGGUGUAGAGCAAGCGGCCGACGUGGAGGUCGACGGUGGCACCGAUAUCACGGCGUAGAUCAAGACGAUGGCGCAUCAUGCAUUGUUCGAUAAACACGUCGCGUCGGCGUCGUCACGCACUUGCUUCUUUAAUUAGUUGCCGCAUGCAUGCGUCUUGUAUGCAACUAUAUAUGCAUGUAUGAUGCAACUCCACAUGCAUGCUCUUGUACAUAGACGUAUGACAUAUCUCGAUUUGUUCAUUCCUU